AUGGCGACAAGAUUGGACCGUUUGGUCCUCCUCCUGGAUACGGGCUCUACUCCAGCUGUUCGUUUAACAGCCGCGCAACAAUUGGGGGAGAUCCAAAAGCAACACCCCGGAGAGUUGCAUAAUUUGUUAUCAAGGGUUGUUGUUCAUUUGAGCAAUAAAGAAUGGGACACUCGAAUUGCUGCGGGUCAAGCGAUCGAAGCCAUUGCCAAAAACGUCCCGCCAUGGGACCCUCCAGAAACCGUCAAAAUCGAGAACGAGAAAUCCACCGUAAAUGAAAAAAACGAGAAUAAAUAUUCGUUUGAUAAUUUCGACAUUACAAUUGUAUUACAAAAUGGAAAACCGUUACUAGGUUCAGCAGGAAAGGAAUAUGACCUUGACCUUAGCGAACUUGAUCCGGCACAACGUCUUGCAUUGCAACACAAGAACCUCCGAGAAAGAUUGGGAUUGGGUGGCGAAUUCAUGGAUGUCGAUUUAUUGGAUGAUGUGGAUAUUAAUGGUGCAGUACAAAGCUCGACAGCUCUCAAGGUGGAGAUCAAUGCGCAACCACCGCCUCGUUCCCCCGUUUUGAAUACGGAUGAUAUGGCGGGAUUAAGUGCGAGGGAGAGAAAUAAGCUGAAGAGAAAAGCAAAGAACGAAGCAAAGAUUAAGGGAAAGGAAAAAUUGCGAGUAGUGGAAGUUAAUACUAGGAAGAGUAGCGGAGAGCUUUCAGCCGCAGUUGCAACUCCAAUCUCGCCACCAUCUGUUAAAGUUGAAGGAGAUGGGAAAUUAGAUGGACAAUUUGAUAUCACACCGCAACCAUGUUCAAGCAAAAUUGUGGUCGAAUCAAAGAAAGAGGGAUCCAACCUGCCAGAAGAUCAGAGCAACGAAUGGCCGUUUAAUAAUGUUUGUGAAUCACUUUUCCUUGCUGGGAAGUUCGACAUGGUGCAUGUAUCGGCUUACGAGAAAUUCUUAAAGUACAGGGGCAUGGAGCUGGACGUAAAGUCGAAUAUGAGCGGUAGUAAGCCGUCAAUAUGGGAGGUUAGACACGCUGGGAUGUUGGGCCUGAAGUAUGCUGUUGCUGUACGAAAAGAUCUAGUGAACAAUAUUUUAGAUAGUAUAGUCGAUGCGGUAAUAGUAGGGUUAAAAGACAGCGAUGAUGAUGUCCGAGCGGUCGCGGCUUCUAUUUUAAUACCUAUUGCGGAUUAUUUUGUUGAAUUUUCUGCGAAUAAAAUUCCAGAAAUCGUAACAGUUUUAUGGGAUUGUCUUAAAGAUCUUAAGGAUGAUCUAACGGCUUCUACAGCUAGUGGGGUUCUCGAUCUCUCUUUAAAAGUUUGGUCUUGUUUGGUUUCUCAUGCAUCAACGCCUGGCCUAGAGAAUAGGCUCAUAAACUUUACGUCUCAACACAUUGGAACUUGGUUUUCGAUAAUAAUGACCCCGUUGGGCACACCGAUUGAUCGUCGAUUAUUCUUUUUUCCUGAUGGCCCGAUUCCUAUGGAAACAACGCCUAUUACAACGUUGCCUUCAUCCACUAGUUCAAGGAGAAACUCAAAUCGUGUCCAGUCAAACAAUAAUAAUGGAAACGCAGCAUUGACAUCGGGUCAUAGUAUUGAUACCGGAAUGUUACAACAAGACUUCGCUCUGGUCACCAUAGAUAUUGUGUUAAGGGGGAGAGUAACUGCUUCUAAAGGAUUGGGUAUAUUGAUGAGUUGUUGGUCAAAUGAGUCUUUGGAGACGACGUUCAAAGAUUUUAUCAUAGCUUACCUUUCUUCCCCGUGGGCAUCAAAUAAACAAUUAGCAGCCAUCAUCACCGAAGAAUGGUCGCGAUCCACCAUAGAAAAAGGAAAUUUCAGCACCCAUACCUCAUUGGUUCAAGAUUCUUCUCUUGCCUCGAUUAUUUCUAAUUUCAUGGUUUCAAUGUUAGAGUCUAGCCCACCAAACUUUUAUUCUGAACUAGUUUCUAUUCUUCGACGUAUUCGGGGAGAGUGUCAAGCAUUGUUUAAUACCUUCGUAUCUGUCGGAAAAGUAAAUUCCGACAUUAUUCCUGCGUUACCCACUCACGUGAUUGGUGAGUUGAUGAACCAAACGGAUAUUUCGACUCCUUUGUUCAGUGUUGAAACGGCAGCAGAAAUUUCCACCACUAUCUUCGAUAAUUUAAUGACUCAGAUACCAGGAAAAAGUCGGAAAUCCUCGACUGAAGAUAUACAAAGUCAAUUGUAUGAUCGUCAUCAUCGUGUGGUUGCUUCAAUUGGAUAUUAUACGGCUACAAAACAAAAAAAUGAUAUUAUUGUGUUCGCAGCAAUUGCCGGAGCCGUCGUUGCAUUGCAAGUAUUACCUUCCAAGCUUAAUCCUAUUAUUAGAUCUAUAAUGAAUUCAAUUAAAUCAGAAGAAAAUAUAGAGCUACAACAACGUUCGGCUGCUACAUUGGCUAGUCUUGUUUCACUUUGUUCAUUAGAAGACAGUUCAGUAAGAGUGAAUCCAAACGAUAAGAUCGUGAAAAAUUUAUGCACUUUUCUUUGUUCCGACCCAACUACUACUCCCGAGCUACAAUCAAAUCGUACGAAAGAAGGCAUAUUGUCCUUGCAAAAGGCUAAGGAACCUGACAAGUCCUCAUCUAAUGGUGAUUCCCUUGGUGAAGAAGAAAAGUUAAAAUCGCAACUGAUAAAGCGUGGAGCUGAAAUAGCGCUAAGACAAUUUGCUACGCAAUUUGGAUCCAGAUUAUUUAAUAUCGUUCCUAAAUUAUGGGUGUGUAUGCAUUCUUCGUUGAACACCAUAUUUGGUCACGACGAAAAAGAGAAAAUAAAUUCAACUCUCAAAUCAAAUGUUAGUUUAGGGCAAGAGGUCAUUGAUACUCUGCAAAUAUUGAAAUCAUUGGUUCCCGUAAUUCAUGAAUCCUUACAUCCAAAGAUAACAGAACUCCUUCCUCAUAUAGUAAAGGCAAUUCAGUGCCAAUAUCUGGUAAUUCGUUCCAUGGCCGCCAGAUGCUUUGCCACUAUUGCGAACGCUGGAAUACCAGAUCCUCCCGGGUUGUCUGAGGAAUUGUUGAAACAUCGGGAUGAUGAACGGAGGUUCCUUUCACAACUCCUUGAUAGUAGUAAACUCGAUCCAUUCGAAAUUCCAAUAACAAUCAAGGCAGAAUUAAGAAAAUAUCAACAGGAAGGCGUUAAUUGGCUUGCGUUCCUUAAUAAAUAUCAACUGCAUGACAUGGGUCUUGGCAAAACGCUCCAAUCUAUUUGCAUUCUUGCCAGUGAUAAUCAUAUACGUGCCACCAAAUAUGCUGUGACAAAGUCACUUGAUUGUGCACAUUGUCCAUCCCUUGUAGUAUGUCCUCCCACAUUAACGGGGCAUUGGUAUCAUGAAAUUUUAAAUUAUACCGAUUCACUGAAACCCAUCUUAUAUUCGGGCAAUCCUAAAGAUCGAGACAGGCUACGACCAAAGUUGUCUAGUUAUGACGUGGUCAUUAUGUCGUAUGAUAUAGUGCGCAACGAUAUAGAUGAUCUGGCCGGCAUCCAUUGGAACUAUUGUAUUCUGGAUGAAGGCCAUGUGAUCAAAAAUGGCAAAACAAAAAUAACCAAAGCUGUCAAGUCUGUGAAGGCAAAUCACAGACUAAUAUUGUCUGGGACACCCAUUCAGAAUAAUGUGCUGGAGUUGUGGUCACUCUUUGACUUUUUGAUGCCUGGAUUUUUGGGCACCGAGAAGCAAUUUAAUGAGAGAUUCGGAAAGCCCAUAUUGGCCAGUAGGGAUAGUAAAAGUUCGUCAAAAGAGCAAGAGGCUGGUGCUCUUGCUCUAGAAGCUCUCCAUAAACAAGUAUUACCAUUUUUACUUCGUAGAUUGAAAGAAGAUGUCCUCAAUGAUCUACCCCCCAAAAUCAUUCAAGAUUAUUACUGCGAACUUAGUGACCUACAGAAACAACUUUACGAACAAUUUGCUAAGUCACAAGCAAAGA